CGCCUUGUUGUUGUUGUUAUGAAUGGCCCAGGCUCCGGGAGGUCCACACGCACUCGGAGCGCGCUCCUUUGAGGCUGCAGCCAGCGGGCGAGGCGUUUUCGUGCGCUGCGCGAGCUCGUGGCAGCCCGCCAGCUAGGCGUGACGUCCCGUUGCCAAGGGACGCGCCGCCCCUAUAAAUAACUGCGCGCAAAGGAACUUUCCCAAGUCCGGAGACAUUUAAGCGACGGCGCGGCACCCGGAGCAACCAGAUGGUCCGCAGCGAACUUCACCCGCAGCCACAGAGCCCGGCAGCCAGCGGCCGCAGCACCAGCACCACCAGCGGGGUCCAGGCGAGCCCUGGCGCUUCGGGGUUUCUGAAGCACUAGCGGGCGCGGACGGUCAGCGGGUGCGCUGGGGAAAGGAGCCCUCUCCAAGGAACGCAAGGGCUUUGGGCGACCGAUCGUGCUCGCCGUCUGAAGCCAGCGACUCGACCGCCCCAGAAGCUCCGGGGGGCCGGGACUCCCCCUUUCUCCCUCGCCCCCUUCCCCGUCAGCUCCCCGCCUCUCCUUUUGCUUUCAUGCAACGCCUGGUGGCCUGGGACCAGGCAUGCCUCCCGCUCCAGCCGCCGGCCUUUAAAUCCAUGGAAGUGGCUAAUUUCUAUUACGAGGCGGACUGUCUGGCUGCUCUGAGCAAGCUGCACCCCCGGGCUCCAGGGGGCCGCUCCAUGACCGAGCUCACCGUCGGAGACCACGAGAGAGCCAUCGACUUCAGCCCUUACCUGGACCCUUUAGCAUCGCAGCAGCAACAGGCGCAGCAGCAGCAGCAGCAGCAGCCGCCUCCUUCCGCGGCAGCAGGGGGCAACUUUGAGCCGGUUUGCAGCAGCAGCGGAGGCAGCAGCAGCGGCGGCGGGAACAGCAGCCAAGAUUUUCUCUCCGACCUCUUCUCGGAGCAGGACUAUAAAGGCGGCGGGAAAAAGCACCCCGAUUACGCGUACAUCAGCCUAGCCAGGCACGGCCACCACCACCACCCGGGCGUCGGGCAAGCAGGCCACAAGGCCGGCACGCUGCUGGGCUGCUACCCGCCCAUGGUGGAAACCAAAGUGGAGCCGGUCUUCGAGCACUUGGACUCUUGCAAAGGGCCCCGCAAAGACGAGGGCGGCGGCGGCGGCGCGGGCGGCGGCGGCGCAGGGCCCGGCCUGGGGGGAAUGUCCUCUCCUUACGGCAGCACCGUGCGCUCCUACUUGGGCUACCAGUCGGUGCCGAGCGGCAGCAGCGGCAACCUCUCCACGUCGUCGUCUUCCAGCCCGCCGGGCACCCCGAACCCGUCUGAUUCCUCGAAGUCCGCCUCGGCCGGAGGAGGAAGUGGCGGCGGCGGCGGCGUUUACCCGGCAGGCCCCGGUAGUGGCGGCGGCGGAGGUGGCGGCGGCAAGCACAAGUCGAAGAAGUGCGUGGACAAGCACAGCGAGGAGUACAAGCUGCGGCGCGAGAGGAACAACAUCGCCGUGCGCAAGAGCCGCGACAAAGCCAAGCUGCGCAACAUGGAGACGCAGCACAAAGUCUUGGAACUGACGGCCGAGAACGAGAGGCUGCAAAAGAAAGUGGACCAGCUCUCCCGGGAGCUCAGCACGCUCAGGAACUUGUUCAAACAGCUGCCCGAGCCGCUCUUGGCCACCUCCGGACACUGCUAACCCCCAGCCGAUCCCCCGACGAGAGCUGAGGGGGAAGGGGUUUGAGCUGGGGAGGGGGGCGCAGGCGGCGCAUGGAGUUUGGGGGAAGGAUCGGCGAGGUUGGGGCGGUGGGAUCUGGGGUGGGUUUGAACACGCGCGUCUCCCCGCUCCUUACAAGACGAGGCAGAAUCGGGGGGGGGGGGAGAGAAGUCAAGGGAGAGAGAGAGCCCAGAGGGUUUACAUAUAUGAAUGCGUAUCAUUUUUAUUUUUAUUACUUCACCUUUAAUUCGCGCUCUUAAGGUGGGAGAAGCCUUCCGCUCUAAGCUACGUGCUGUCCAACUCCUUCGGCUGGCGCGGGGAGUCUCCUGGCGGUUUCCAUUUACCUCUGCAAACCUCAUGGAGGAAUCGUGAUUUGUUUUUGUUUUUUACCCCCUCCAACUUUUCUUGUUACUGUUUUUUUUCUAAGAAAAAAAAAGGUGACGGCAAACCCGACACAAGCCACUUAAUUUCCGAUCUGAUGUCUCUGCAGCGGUUGUCCCCCCCCCCCUUUUUUCCUUUUUUUUCUUUUUUGGGUUGAAUGCUUGUGUUAUUUAAGAAGAGAGAGAGAAUAAAGUAGAGAGAAAGAGAGGCCAGAGUGAUGCAAUCUUUAAAACAUGGCUGGAAAAGCUGGCUACACAUGAUGCAACCUCGUGUAACUGUCAGUCAUGGAUUGAGUAAUCUGUUAAAGAUGUUCCUACAGUUGUUUUUUAUUAUAAAGAAUGGUCUAUUUCUAUAAGGAAAAAAAAGACAUAUGUAUAUUUUGGAAUCUAUGCAUUCUUGCUGCACAUGAAGCAUUAAUGAACAAUUUUAAUAAAACUUUAUUGUCAGGACGGAAAAUGAGAGCUUGUUUUCUUCAAGGUGCUAACCCUCCACUAUAUCAGGGGGGAGGGGGGGGUCAAUCUAGGACCCUUAAAAUAACUGAGUGGUGUCCCACCGGCUGAAAUAGAAUAUAGAUUUCUUCCAGUUCUUCAUUCAGCAGAAAUUCCCAAGAGAACCAGCUUGGAAGCAAAGCAGUCACUCCUUCCAGUUCACUGCCUUGUUGCUGAAACUGUCUACAGUAUCUGCUUGUGAAUUACUACUACAAAUUGGGGGGACCUGAAACUGCAGGUAAAGUAUGAGGGAAUGACAAAAAUGGUCUUGUUUUCUUUAUUUCUCAUUUCUUUUAUUUUCUUGGUGUGAUGAUCCAAUAUUUCCGAUCUGUUUAAGUAACUGCAGAGAAUGGGGGGAAAGCAAUAAGAAAAUGAUAGAUUUGUGUGUCAUAGGGAUACAUUUGAGUUGGUUAUGCUGAGAAUGCAUUCAUCAGGAGAGGUUGAAAGAAAUUCUUUCAGGCAUAUCUAUUUCACAAACUUUUCCAGAAUUUCUGAAAGAGUGGUGGGCAGCCUACUUCUCCGCAGUCCGUUUUUGUGGGGGCCCAGGAGCAGGAGCCUGCUUUUGUGAAUGCCCAGAUUUUUGUUUUAAGGGCGGGGAAAGUUUCUAAGCCUCAUGACAUAGAUUAGGCUGAGAAUGAUACAGGGUCAAAACACAGACGCCAAGUAAGGUGUUCAAAUUCUUUUUCGUAUCUCAUUGCUUUUAUCUUUUUUAAAAAAAAGAUGUACUUUUAAAUGUCAAACUAACUAGUUCGUGAUGAUCUUGAGCAACAUUCUUGCAUAGGCAAUUAACAAUGACAGAAAGAAGGGAUUGCAGAAUAAGUGUGAUCUAUGUCCCCCAAGCCUACGGUAGCAGCUACCAUAUUAAAGUGAAUUAGAUGCAAAGUGUGUUAAUUGCAGGUAAAAAUAAGGCAAUUAACCCCCGCCUCUGGCGUGCGGAUUUCCAGUGUUCUUUAUUUAUAGAGCAUGCCUAGCCUAGCAUCUUCCAUCCAACUUUAUUUAGUUAGUUACUUUAGUGAGGCAACCUGUGGCAAAAGCAGUGAUGUUCAUGCUAGCGAUUGUGGAAUCUGUGAUUUCUCAAGACCAGGAAGCUGAAUGUUCCUAGCCUUACAUAGUUUGCUCAUGUGUCUAUACUGCUAGUAAAAUGUUAACAGUAUGUGAAGUUGGUGUGUGUGUGUGUGUGUGUGUGUGUGUGUGUGUGUGUGUGUAGAGGAGAGCUGGGUAAAGGACUGGACUUAAUCAGCAAUUUACUAUGAAUUUAGGCCCUUUUAAAGUACUUCUAGGCUCUGAAUUCUGAUAUCUAACAAAAAAGCUUCAAAUCUUCCCUGCUGGCCUUUGCAGUGAUGAAAUGCAGAAUUCGCUUUGCUUGAAGGCGAUUGACCAAACAUUGUUCUUGUCGAUAUCCCCUUCAGGGAAAAGAAGCAGCAACUCUUAAUUCUCUGCUUGCUGAUGAAACUUAGGUUUCCGUUAACAACGAAUGCGGCUUCAUGGAAAAGCUUGGUUUUUACCUACACUGGUCCACAGCCCAGUUACGUUCAGGCCAAGCUGUAUUAUGACCUCCCCAAGAGGCUUGCAAAGGUGUACCAUGAAGAACAAGGGUAUAAUGUCUUUAUGUUCCUUUGCAGAUUGUGCGUAGGUUAAGGGAAUGUGAAAAUCGGCGUGAGACGUUUCUGUUCAUUGGCCCCCGGAGAGGGGGAACCUGUGGCCCUGCAGAUCUUGCUGGACUCCAUCUCCGAUCCAUCAGAUCCAAGCAUGAUCAAUGGUCAGGGAUGAUGGGAGUUGUAGUCCAACAGCAGCUGAAAGGCCACAGGUUCCCCAACCAGAACUGAUCAACCUCUCUGCAAAGUAGGGUCUUUUAUCUAACUUACUGUUUUCACGCAAAUUAUUGCCCUCCUCAGAUUGCUGUUCUGUGCGUGCUUCCUUGGGAAAACAUGUCAUUGAAUUUGCUGGUCUGCUGAAUAAAUAGGCGGUGGCAGACCUUGGGGUCUCAAAUUUCAGCAGCGCCCUGUGUGACACCAAAAUUUUGCGCUCCCUGCCUCUUGUGCUCCAUUCUAAAUAAUAGUUGUGGUGUCCCCAUUGUUGCUGAACUGGUCAAGCUCCCCUAAAUCCGCCUUUGUAACUAUGCACAGGAUCAGUCUCUUAGAGUGCAACCCUGUAUAUGUCUCCUUGGAAGUAGGUUUCAUAGAGCUCUGUGGGACUUAAUCCUAAAUAAGUGGGAAUCAGAUUUCAGCCUUAGCCUGGGAAAAGCAACAGCCCGGAGUAAGUGUGUAUUCAGGUGCAAUGCAUUGUAAAAGGGUAGUAUCUUGGGGCAAGCGCUAACUUCUUAGUUGCAAAAUGCAGGCCACAAUCCCGAGAACUGAACAAGCUCUGUGUGCCCAGGAGGCCUUUAAGACCUGUAUUUCUUGUACAGCAGUCCCCUAUGCCCCAUAGCAGAAGCAGUUUAUGAUCUCAUGGAAAAAAUCUGUUGGGUACGAGUGGGAAUAAAGGUUCGUAAAGUAUGUAGUUUUUUGAGUUGUGGCUUUAAGGUUGCAAUUGCACUUCAUCAAACUCAUUUAAGGCCUAGAAUUUUAAAAGGUUUUCCUAUGCUCGUUUGAUUUUUUUGUUGAGGAAGGGUUAUUUGAAUAGCAAGCUGUCCUCUUAUAUCACAAGCCGCUUUUGAAACUUGAAAAUAGUUUGCUGUGCACUAUGUGAGGCUGCUGCUCAAGAUACAAAAGGCCAAACCAACUCUUGUUCCAUGACGCUAAUAGCAACAGUUCUUUGACAGAUUUUCCUGCUGAUUCCUGUAUGUGUUUCUGCGAGGCAAUUUUUAAUGGCUCUUAACAGAGAGAAUAAUUAUCCUUUGCCUUUUCUGAUAUCCCUCUUCUGGCCUAGCACUUAUGUGAUAAGUUAUUUCAGAACUAAAGACAAAUUUCCAGAAUUUUUGAAAAGUUCACAGUUCCAGGUGUGAUCCCGGCAGGGUUAAGCACUUUAAAAUCAAUUUACUUAAGUGGGAGAGAUUUAAGUAUGUGCUUAGCUCUCCCUCUGGAGCUAAUGGGACACAAAAGUGGUUAACACUGGGUGGAUUGUACUUUAAAUUUCUGAAAUGGCUAAAAACAAAACAAAACAAAUAUUAAAUGUAUGUAAGUGAGUUUCACCACGGACAGAGUUGACCAGACUGCUAGAUUCCCGGGUUUUAAAAUAGUGGUUAUAUAUAUAUUCCAGUACUUGCUAGUUAAUUUAAAGUUCAGUGUUAAUUAGUACCUCAACCUUAUCUGUUUUUUUUUAAAUUAAAUAUAAAAUGAUUUGAUUCAAACAAUUAAAAAUUCCAUCUCACCACUAGGCAUAAUAUAUUAUCUUGAACUCGGUAGUAGCAUUUGUUGUGUUCUUGGGAGAUUUGUGGAUCUAAAUAAAUUUAACGCCUUAUUUCUCUCCCUUCAACAAUGGCUUGUGGUUGCCUUCCCUAUGUCCCAAAAUUUUCUUCUUUGGCAAUCACUCGUAUCUGAGUAAGAUUGUCUUCCAUAAACACGGUUUUAGCAAUGAGUCCAUAAGUGACUGUGGAGUCCAAUUCUGGAUCCACACGUCCUUCCACAGUGGGGACAUGGGUUUCUGGGCAGGAGUUGAUCACGGUGUGGAUUUGCCAAGCGUGCCUUCCCUCUUAGCACGUUUCUCCCUUGCGUCCUGAGAUCGAGUGUCUUCAAAGCCCAUGACACCUUUGGUAAAGGCUGUUCUCCAACUGGAGCGCUUGCAGGCCAGUGUUUCCCAGUUGUCAGUGUUUAUACUACAGUACAUUUUUUUAGAUUUGCCUUGAGACAGUCUUUAAACCUCUUUUGUUGACCACCAGCAUUACGCUUUCCAUUUUUAAGUUUGGAAUAGAGUAGUGGCUUUGGAAGACAAUCAUCAGGCAUCCGCACAACAAUAUGAAUGUACAUACAUUUUAAUUUUUUUUAAAAAAAUAAUAAACAACAAACAAACAAACUUAGAUUACAAUUUCAUGGUACUGUAUUAACAAUUGUUAGUCUGUUACCACAGCAAAAUCAGUUUUUUGGAAUCUUUAAAAAUCUUGGGUUCCCCCCCCCCCAUUCUGAUUAUUUGUAGCCCAUUUUUCUUUCCAAAAAGAAGCCCAAGGCAGCUGACUACAUCAUAGAAAAAUUACUAAAGUGGUACUUUAAAGAUUUCUGUAGCAUAAGCAGACUCCUUCACAAAGGUUUUUGCUACAAUAGACUUAAGGAAUUGUAAGACUCCUUCUGAAUGCAAUUGUGCACUGAUAAAAUAAACUCUGUGUGAUUUUACCAAUAUGCUACAUUGAAAUAUAUUUACUAGCAAAUGGGUUUCAGAAGAUUAUGUAACUAGUCUCAUAAAUCUAAAACAAAAUGUAAGCAAUAAUUUCUUUGCAUUUAUAAACAAACUUUCAUCCAGCAUGCAACUCAAUGUGGCAAAAAAGGAUUCUCAGGUGACCUCCUUUUUGGUCUGAUCAGAACCAGACCUGAUUAGCUUCCUAUAGUGUGCUUUCAGAUCAGUUAACUUAACCUGUCUCAGGGAUGUGGAUUUGCAGGCUCCCCUAUUGCAAAGAGAUUCAUUU